UAUAUAAAUGAGGAGACCUUUCAUGAACAGCUCAUGAAGAUGCACCCAGAAAUAGAAAGGACUCUGUUUUGCAGGUUGAGUUUGAAAUUUCGUUACUCGUCAGGAAGCUUUAACGGUUGUGUGUAGCGUCGGAUUCAAUGGCAGAGCCACUGCACGGUCCGGCAAGCUUCUGGACUCAGGCCAAUGCUUUGUUUCGCAAGAACUUGACUUUCCAGAAACGGAAUAUCUGGACCAACAUCCGGCUCAUUUCUUUUCCAUUUGUCCUCUGUUUACUCCUUCUCCUCCUCCAAAGUUUGGUCAAUAAUAUACUGAACACGGCUACCUUUAAGUGUGGCUGUCAAUGUAUUGAUACGAAUGGAGAUGGGCAGUGUGAGAAGGUGUGUGGGAUUCAGUACUCCACCAUUAAUCAAGUGGCAACCUGUCCUAUCUUAAAUCCUCCUAAAUGGCCUCCCCUAUUACAAAUACCGGCUCCACAAUAUCGUGCAGUGAAGACGGACUUUAUACCAUUUAAUGACUUGCCUGAUCAUUCCUGCAGAAGGACAGGGUCUUGCCCUGCAACCAUACUCUUUACAGGAAAUAAUCAAUCUUUUGGAAAAUUUUUGGUGCGGAAUAUGGUCCCGAAUUCUUCUACUCUGAAUUCUUCUGACGUUUUAGUUAGCUUAGCCCAGAAUGUCCAGGGUUCUGCUUCAUGGCCCACUUUAUACAACUUACUUGAACCUGCUUUUUUCUCUGACCAACCUGUUUACAAGGUUCAACGGCGGUGCAAAAAUAUCUCUUCAAUUUCUGUUGCUAUUCAGGAAUCCUCCAUGACUAUUCAACAGGAUGUAAGUUGUGCCCGAGGUUCACCUUUGUGGAGAAACAGUUCCUCAGCAGUAAAUGAUGAGCUGUACAAGGGCUAUUGGAAAGGGAACCCAGAAAGGCAAAUUAAUGAAAUAGUCACAGGAUAUGAUUUCCUUAAUACAAAUUACAAUAGCUUCAAUGUGAGCAUAUGGUAUAAUUCAACCUAUAAGAAUGAAUCAGGGAAGGAAUUUAUAUCCUUGGUGCGUGUUGGACGAUCUAUAAAUCUGGCAUCCAAUGCUUACAUUCAGCUUUUGCUGGGGCCAGCAACAACAAUGCUGUUUGAGUUUGAUUCUAUUUUAGGCGCACUUUUCUUUACAUGGGUUGUCAUUCAACUAUUCCCCGUUGUCUUGACAGAUCUGGUUUAUGAGAAAGAGCAGAAGCUGAGGAUCAUGAUGAAAAUGCAUGGGCUUGGUGAUGGACCAUAUUGGCUGAUUUCCUAUGCUUAUUUCCUCUCCUUAUCUUCAAUCUACAUGCUGUGCUUUGUGAUUUUUGGCUCAGUCAUCGGUUUAAAAUUUUUCACAAUGAAUGACUUCAGCAUCCAAUUUGUCUUUUAUUUCAUCUACAUAAACUUGCAAAUAUCCCUGGCAUUUCUGGCUGCGGCAUUUUUCUCCAAUGUGAAGACUGCUAGAGUUGUGGGUUAUAUAUGUGUCUUCGGAACUGGUCUAUUGGGAGGUUUCCUUUUCCAAUUCUUGAUCGAAGAUACAUCUUUCCCAAGAGGUUGGAUUAUUGUAAUGGAAUUAUAUCCUGGCUUCUCACUGUACCGUGGGUUGUAUGAGUUUUCACAAUAUUCCUUCACAGGAAAUUAUAUGGGGACUCAUGGCAUGCAGUGGGGCGAUUUAAGCAAUAGCGAAAAUGGGAUGAAAGAGAUUCUGAUUAUCAUGGUUGUUGAGUGGUUGGUGGUGCUUUUUGUAGCCUACUAUAUAGAUCAAGUCGCAUCAUCUGUAAGUGGAAAAAGUCCUAUGUUUCUCUAUGAAAGAUUCCGAAAGAAGCAUCCGUCUUCUUUCCAGAGGCCUAGCUUGCAAAGGCAAGGAUCUAAAGUCUCUGUUCAGAUGGAGAAACCUGAUGUCAGUCAGGAGAGUGAGAAGGUUGAGCAGUUGUUGCUAGAACCAAGCACAGAUUACGCUAUUAUCUGUGACAAUCUCAAAAAGGUGUAUCCAGGAAGGGAUGGAAAUCCUGAGAAAUUUGCGGUUAGAGGGUUGUCUCUUGCUUUGCCACCGGGGGAAUGCUUUGGCAUGCUUGGUCCAAAUGGAGCAGGCAAAACCUCUUUCAUCAGUAUGAUGAUUGGCCUUACGAAACCAACCACUGGAACAGCAUACGUUCAGGGGCUCGAUAUACGGACUCAUAUGGAUGGCAUAUAUACCAGAAUAGGUGUAUGCCCUCAACAUGACCUGCUCUGGGAAACCUUAACAUUGACACAAAGACUAAAAAAUCUCAAGGGCUCUGCACUUUUCAAAGCUGUAGAGGAAUCUCUCAAGAGUGUGAACUUAUUUUACGGUGGUGUUGCUGACAAACAAGCUGGAAAAUACAGCGGAGGUAUGAAGAGGAGGCUGAGUGUUGCCGUUUCACUGAUCGGAGAUCCCAAAGUUGUUUACAUGGAUGAACCGAGUACGGGGUUGGAUCCAGCUUCAAGGAACAACUUGUGGAAUGUUGUGAAGCAUGCAAAGAAAGACCGUGCGAUUAUUCUGACCACUCAUUCAAUGGAAGAGGCAGAAGUACUGUGCGAUCGAUUGGGAAUAUUUGUCGACGGAAGUUUGCAGUGUAUAGGGAACCCUGUCGACGGAAGUUUGCAGUGUAUAGGGAACCCAAAGGAGCUGAAGGCUAGAUACGGAGGAUCUUACGUGUUCACGAUAACAACAUCAUCCACUUAUGAGGACGAAGUGGAGAACAAGGUGCAGCGUCUCUCCCCAGGUGCUAAAAGAAUAUAUCAUAUAUCUGGAACUCAGAAGUUUGAACUGCCAAAGCAUGAGGUCAAGAUUGCGGAUGUAUUCCAAGCGGUUGAGAAUGCAAAGUGCAGGUUCACCGUUCUUGCUUGGGGAUUAGCAGGCACAACCUUGGAAGAUGUCUUCAUUAAGGUUGCUCGUGGUGUGCAAGCAUUCAACGUUAGGGGUGUGAAAUCAAACCAGGUCUACCAAGAAAUUGGACCGACCCACCCGGAAAAUAGGUAUGGGAACUAGUUCCCAAAAUUUGGAACCAGUUUGGAUUGGUCCAGUUCUUAAUUCCGAGUGAAUACCCACUCGGGAACCAGAUCGAUCAGGCCGGUUUGGGACUAGUUUUGCAAGCCCAAAAGUCCAAAACCCUUUUUUUUUCGCCUUGAUUUCUAAUCUUAGAACUACUUUUUUCCACUUGCAUGGCGCUCCUCUUUCGUCAUUCCUCUUCCUUGCUUGCAUCCCUCCCUCGCCAGCUCACGAUCACACCAUCCACCGAUGGCUCAUAGUCGCACCGUCCAUCACAUAGUAUUGUUGCUUUACCUUAUGAUGUUUGUUUAUGAUA